AUGUGGAGGACUUCUGCAGGCGCUGUGAUCUUUGUACAGCAGCACGCAAAGGGCCUCAGGGUCAGUCUAGGGGCCCAACUACAGCAGUUUCCAGUGGGGGAGCCGAUGCAGAGGGUGGGGGUGGACAUCAUGGGGCCAUUUCCUCGCACCAAGAUGGGAAAUCGCUUUGUUUUGACCGCUAUGGAUUACUUUACGAAAUGGCCUGAGGCCUUUGCGCUGCCUGACCAGGAGGCUGAGACUGUUGCCAACGCCUUAGUGGAGGGCAUGUUUAGUAGGUUUGGGGCUCCCCAGAGUAUCCAUAGUGAUCAAGGCAGAAACUUUGAGUCCAAGGUGUUCUCUUCCAUGUGUGAGGCGCUUGGGGAUCAACAAGACCCGCACCACCCCACUCCACCCCCCAAAGCGACGGGACUCUACCUCAGCCCUGCUCAUGUUGGGGAGGGAGAUUACCGGACCCCUGCGGAGUUGGUCUUUGGCUCCACCCCGGAUGCUCCACCUGUUCAUGCUGGACCCGCAUAUGCUAUGAGCCAGCUCCAGGACCGCUUGGACUCCUGCCCAUGCAUAUGCCAGGAGGCAGCUGGUGACCGCAGGGAAAACGGAAAAGAGGAGGGGGAGAAGGAGUGCCUCGCUGGUUCAAGUGGGGUUCUUCUUGAAGUCGGGGUUUGGCAUGAGAAAGAAAGGGACAAGGAGCGGUACAAAGACAGUCUCUUCAUUUGUAAUUGGGCAUUUCUUAAUCAAGGCUUUGUUUUCUCAUCCCCAGAUGCCAGGUCCUGCUCAGCGGGGGAGUUCCAGUGUCGUAACCGCAAAUGUUUAGCACCGGUCUAUGUGUGUGACGGUGAUGACGACUGUGGAGAUGGCAGCGAUGAGGAGAAGUGCUCUCCGCCCACCUGUGGGCCGCACGAGUUUCGCUGUAACAGCUCAGAGUGUGUGCCCCAGCCCUGGAUCUGCGAUGGCGACCCUGACUGCGCUGACGGCUCUGAUGAGUGGGUGGGGCGAUGCGGGGGCGGGUCUGGACGGCUGGCUCCGCCCCCCACCCGGAGACUGCAGUGCGGUGCUGGAGAAUUUCGUUGCGCCAGCGGGGAGUGUGUGAAACUUGCCUGGAGAUGUGACAGGGACCCUGACUGCAAGGACAAGUCAGAUGAGGCUGACUGCCCUCUGCUCACAUGCCGGCCUGAUGAGUUCCAGUGUGGAGACGGAUCCUGCAUCCACGGCAUCAAGCAGUGCAACAAAAUACACGACUGCCUCGACAAAAGCGACGAGGCUGGCUGUGUCAAUGCCACAAAGUGUGAAGGACCUCUGAAGUUCCUCUGCAGGAAUGGAGAAUGCAUUGAUGGCAGCAAGGUGUGUGAUAAUGUGAAGGACUGCAAAGAUCGGUCGGACGAACCCAAGAAGGAAUGCAGUUUGAAUGAAUGCUUGCUUAACAAUGGAGGCUGCUCACACAUCUGUGUGGACCGUCCCAUCGGAUACGAGUGCCAGUGUCCAGCUGGCUUUAAGCUACUGGAUAAGAGGACAUGUGGAGAUAUCGAUGAGUGUGAGAACCCUGAUGCCUGCAGUCAGAUCUGCAUUAAUCUGAAAGGAGAUUUCAAGUGUGAAUGUCACCAGGGUUAUGAGAUGGACCCCGUAAGCAAGACCUGCAAAGCUGAAGGAAAAAGCCCUUACCUGAUGUUCACGAACAGGCACGAGAUCAGACGCAUUGACCUGGUGAAGAGGGACUACACACAGGUGGUUCCUACUCAGAAGAACGCAGUGGCCAUUGAUAUCAACGUCGCCGCGAACCGCAUGUACUGGUGUGACCGUUUUCAACACAAAAUAUACAGUGCUUACAUCCACGAGGCCAGUGACCCGUCUCGACACGUUACUCUGAUCGACUCCCAUCUGCAUUCCCCUGAGGGUCUGGCACUGGACUGGGUCCAGCACAACCUCUACUGGACCGACUCGGGUGACAGGACCAUCUCUGUGGCUUCAGCGGAUGGCAGCAGGAGACGCGUGCUGAUCAGCACCGAUCUGAGCGAACCACGAGCCAUCGCUGUGGAUCCAGAGAGAGGGUUCAUGUAUUGGUCUGACUGGGGCAUCAGGGCCAGGAUCGAGAAGGCUGGCAUGAACGGAGUAGAUCGCCAGGUGCUGGUGUCUGACGACAUCGAGUGGCCCAAUGGAAUCACACUUGAUGUGGUUGGUAAGCGCUUGUACUGGGUGGACUCAAAACUGCACCUGAUCUGCAGCGUGGAUUUAAACGGGGCCCAUCGCAGAGUCAUCCUGUCCUCCAGCGAAAGACUCGGCCAUCCAUAUGCCCUCGCUGUGUUCGAGGAUCGCGUGUACUGGACGGACCGUGAGAAGGAGGCCGUCUACAGUGCAAACAGACUCACAGGACAGGAUGUGACCAGUCUUGCCGAGCACCUCAAUGACCCUCAUGACAUAGUGGUUUUCCACGAGCUGAGCCAGCCUGCAGCUCCUGACAGCUGUAACCUGAGUGGCGUGACUAACGGAGGCUGUGACUUCCUGUGUCUGCGAGCUCCUCAGAUCAGUGAACACUCACCCAAAUACACCUGCGCUUGCCCUGACGGCGAGGAGCUCAGCCCUGACACACGGCAGUGUGUACCCGUUCAAAAUGAGACUGCCGUCACUCCUACUGUCCCCAUCAACAUCACCAAUGAGACAGGUGCUGGCCGGGCACCAGAUUCCCCUGCAGCAGUGACAUCUCAGUCCGACAGUAUGGCUGAAACCACUCUCUCAUCACUCCUCACCUCCAGCCCAGAGGAACCGGCUGUCUCCUCUAAUACUACAGCAGAGCACAGCCCUACACAAGUGUCCAGCACCACACCAGACAGCCUGAGCAACCUGUCUCAUCACUCUGGCAAUGAGUUGUUUCUCCUUGGCCGUAAUCUGACAGUGGCAGUGCUUGGAGUUGUAAUUCCCAUAGUGGUCUUCGGAGUGGUGUGUGCCGGCGUUUACCUCGUUUACCGCAAUUGGAGGAGGAACAGCACCAAAAGCAUGAACUUUGACAACCCCGUCUACCGCAAAACCACAGGAGAGACGGAGGAGGACGAGAUUCACAUCGGACGGACUGACGGGCUCGCUGGCCAUCACCACACUUACCCCGGGCCCGUGGUCGGCAUGACGCCAGUCGGUACGGGGACGUGCCCGCCAUUCAUCGCUCUGCCUCUGGGGACCGGUUUACCAGACCCUGCCACACACUGGUACACAGAACAGCCCACCAUCUCUAGUACUAAGUGAAAGGGAGGACGACUCUAGAAAUACUGUGACCGCAGGGAGCAGGACUGACACGUGGCUGCCAAGCUAUGCAGGAACUGAAUGGCAUUUAGCGAGCUGAGUCAUUCUUAACAUGCCCAGGUUUUGAAGUCUGCUGGAGUGCAAACACUGGAUUGAUUACUAAACAAAAGGUUUAGACAUUUCAGACCCAUAUUCAUUAAGGUCCAUUUUAAGCGUCAUUUUAUUGCUGGUUGGAAGUCUUUUCAAACCUGCAUUGUUUAUAUUUAUCUUAUAAUCACAGACAAAUCUAGCAAUGUAACUGGCACUGAAUUUACUUCAUAAAUCUUGAAACUAGUCUAUUAGACUAGAACUGUUCAGCACUUUAGCUAAAGCUGCAGAGAGAAACAGUUUUUUGAUCCUUAUUACUAACAUGGCAGUGUUUCAUUAAGUUUCCAAAAUUACAUAAUUAACCAAUUAAUUAGAUUACAAUUUACAAUGUAUUACAUCAUAAAGUACCUUUUAAUAGGCUUAACAAAAAAUUAGACGCAAAUGGAAAAAUACGAUUUUAACGACUUAGUGUCAUGAUUUAUUUUUUAUAAUAAUAAUAAUAAUAAUAAUAAUAAUAAUAAUUUAUAAACAGUGAGCCACAUUUCUAAAGUUGUUUACCUGUAUCAUAUUAUACAGUAUAACUAUUUUAUUUUAAUAAUCUUUGACCUUACAGACAUAAUAACACGAGAGGAGCUGACAUGAAAUCAAAAUGGACUUAUUCACUUUCAUAUGUUUGGUCAUACUGUAUGCGUUUCAUCUGUGCAUAUGAUUCCAAAGGGAAAAAAAAAUAUUAGAAAACUUAAUUCUCAACUUUUGUCAUAAACAACUUUAAUAUGGAGACCGCUCUUCAUGAUUCAUUCAAUUCCUAAUGCAUAAAAACAAGUCCCAUUAAAUGUUCAAAUUUAAUUUAGAAAAAAUGGCAUUAUAAAAGUAAAAUGGGCUGCAAAUCUUAUUUCAUGUUGACUUAACAGUAAUUUAUACUAGGAUGUUUACAUUUUAGCUUUUCAACUUAGAACGCACCCAACAAAGAAAGAUAUCAAUACAAAAAUAUUCCCUAUAUUACUUGAUAAUAUGUUUUGUCCGUUUCAUCAGUAUUAUCCACUUUUAAUAGGUGUUUACUCCAUAGAGAGACAUUGUAUAUUCAUCACUCGCAUGCUAAUAAAAAAAGCCAUUGUCCUUGAAUUCACACGACUGUCUGGUGAGGCUGCGCGCGUCUCUGUGGGGCUCCACAGCACUGCAGCAAUGACUUGGCAAGACACUGAAAUUGGCAGGGUACCCUGGUUAGUGGAGCAAACCCUAGCGUAAUCACUCCGAGCCGGAAUAGAUGUUACGAGUGUCAGCGCGAGCGCGUUACACAGCGGGGUCUCUUGUGGUUCACACCGAGCUGCGUUUCGCUAGGCGUAAACCAGUGGUAAUUUAUGAAAUGUCACAGUUUCACACGUCUGUUUCUGUUAUUGGAGUUGUCGCAUGCUGAAUGGGUUUGCCGUGCCGCCCACUUACAGUACAUUCAUUUUCAUGUUGUUGUUUAUCUCCGGAGCAGAAAAACGGGGAGAACAUUAGCUGAUAGUCGCCCCGAGGGUCUAGCAUAGCUACAGACGCCGAGCUAAAGGUUACAUAAGCACUAUGUUAACAUCUAAACACAUUAGAAUCACGUUAACAUUGGGGGAAAAAGUGUGUGGGACUGGCAUGUGCAGACAGCCUUCUCAGUAGAUUCAGUGCUCAUGCCUCACUGUAACAGACGUACCAUCCUUUAAAGACGCUCUGAAAGGCCUGUCAUUCCAAAGGCUGGACAUUUAUUUGUGCGGUUGUUUUUAACACGGGGUACUGAACCUCUGCAUUCUUCUGUCAUGUGCUGUGGGAACGUUUGGUUUAGUCUCAGGGAGAUGGUGUAGACUAGAGAGAGUGAGCGCUGAAGGGUUUCAGUUAGGUAUGAUAACUGGAAUGGGAAAUAAUGCGCAACAAUGCAUUCGUGGAAACAUAAAUUGUACCUUGCGUAGGUCGACCUAAGAUGUGAUGCAUAAAGAGUAGCUUUGGUUAGAGACAGAUUUUUGUCGUCCAGGUCACCAAACAUGCCAAUGUCACAUUUCACCCCAAAAAUGAAAAGAAAGAAAUCAUAUUUUGCACAAAGAAGUAUGUUCUGUAUGUAUGCACACUACUGUUCAAAAGAUUUUCUUAAAGCUAUUAAAAGCCUUGGGUUCACCAAGCCUGUAUUUAUUUGAUCAAACAAUACUGUAAUCUGUAAUAUUGUUAAGUAAUAUUACAAUUUAAAAGAACUGUUUUCUAUUUCAAUAUAUUAUGAAAUGUAAAUUAUUUC